AUGCAAUUUAAACAAGAACUCCAAAUAUUCAAAGUCUUCAACAAAUUCGUCCCAAAAUUAAAAGGAAAAUGGCCUAUCAUCAUUUUGCUCCUCAACAUCUUUCUGCCAGGUGUCGGAACGUUAGUGGCAGGAUGUGUCACUUCCAAAAAGAAAAAAGUCAAGUUUUGUAUCAUUUUCGGACUCUUACAAAUGUUAUUGAGUGUGGUAUUGAUUGGAUGGUUGUGGAGCAUCUUUUGGGGAGUGUUCAUUUAUAAGAGAAGUACUGGACUUGGCAAAUUUGUGCCAGAUGUCAAUGUUUGA